UUCCUCCGCCCUCCGGCCCGAUGCAAUCGCGAAUCCACCCCGUCACCGCCUCCGGAGGAUGCUGCCCUUCUUCCGUCCCUCCUUCUCCCUCUCGCGCCUCCGCUACCGCCGCCUCUUCCCCGUCAGCGCCCCCGCCGAGCCACCCGUCCGCGUGGUGGUCGGGAAGGAACGCCGCGUCUUCUUCGUCGAUCGUUUCGUGCUCGAGCUAGCCCCCUUCCGGAUCUUGAUGCAGGCGGCCGGAAAAGGUCUCCGGCGCCGGACGAGAUCCGUCUUUGUGGACGUCGACGCCAUCCUCUUCGAGCACUUGCUGUGGCUGGCUUUCCACGAGCGCUCCGCCGCCUCCGCCCCCUUUUUGCAGCUCAAUCUAAUGGAGAUUAUAGAGUUCUAUUCGGAGGAGGAUUAGAGCAGCGUAGCAGAUGAGACAAAUCAAGAACAUGAUUUUUCACAAGGAGUUCGAUUCUUCCAGGUGAGCAUUCAAUUUGAAUGAUAAAAGAGUUAAUAUCUUAAUCCUUUUUUUAAAAUUAAGUACCUUUGUUUUUAAUUUUUUUUUU